AUGUUUAAGUUGACGAUAUUAGUGCCCAUACAGUACGGUCUGGGCGUUGGACACGUGGGAAGAAGCGCCUCCACGGUGGAGCAAGACCAGUGCGUGCAGCUGUACAGACAAACGGUGCCGUUCACAUUACGGUACCGCCCGGCCUCGGACAAGGUCAUAGAGUACACGAUCGUGGAGGUCAACGAAGGUCAAGGUCACAACGCGAGCAAUGGCGUCCUCACGGCACCCUCUGGCGGACUGUACAUGUUCAGCACACAAACCUGUAUCUGGUCGAACACGCCCAUGCUGAUCGCCAUCAUGAAAGAGGGCGUGGUCGUACUGCCCAGCGCCCUCUACGACACUUCCCCCGGGUACGCGUGCUGCUCCAGCUCCCAGACGUCCGUCCGUCUGUCCGCGGGGCAGCGAGUGUGGGUGGAGAGCAUGGUGACACACAACGGGAACAUGCUGUACGAGGACGCAGGGCGCUGGACGAGCCUCUCCGGAGUUCAGCUGCGCGCUACUUUGCAUUUAAAUCGUCAAUGGAUCACAAAAAUGUAA